AUGAUGGUUUGGUUUGGUUUUUUUUUUUUUUUACCAUUUUACUUCUUUUUGUGGUACAUAUAUGUGACGUUGGUUGACUUGGAAUGACCCGGUGCUUUUUUUAUGCUCAAAGGCGAAAAAAGAAAAAUACCCCGGGCAAAGAUGGAACGGUUUGGCGCGGUUUGUUUUGGGUUGAUGAUACGAUACCUUGGGUUGGAGUGCGCGAGAGAAGUGUUUGAACACGGUCCAGUUGAUGAGAAACGAUAUUCACACCUACGGUACUAUACUUACUGUACAGAGUACGACAUACAUACGAUUGAUUGUCCAUACAACAUACAACAUUACACUUCUACUACUGUUAAUAGAUGCAUGCGCAUACACCCAUCAACACAUACAUACAUAUACAUAUACAUGCUGGGUGAGGCAGCUGACCAUGAAAGGCCACCAAUUGCCGUUGUUAUCAACACGCACUCGAGUCGAGGGUACCCUGUUAAUUAAACAGCCGGGGUUGGGCAUCAGAUCGGGCGCUUCUUUGCAAUGGCCCCGUGUCCAGACAUCAUUAUUCUCUCCAGUCUAGAUCCGACACAGAUGACUGCGGCAGCUGACUCGCUUGAAU